AUGACCGCCUGUGCCCUGCUAGGCGGUGGGCUUCGGGACCCGCGGCUCUGCGCCCCCGCGCGGUGGGCUCGGGCCCUGGCCGGCCCGCGGCGCCCGCUCCCGCCCCUGCUCCUGCUGCUCGCCCUGCUGCCCUCCGCCCUCUCCGCAGCGUUCACAGUGGGGGUGCUGGGGCCCUGGGCCUGCGACCCCAUCUUCGCCCGGGCCCGCCCGGACCUGGCCGCCCGCCUGGCCGCCGCCCGCGUGAACCACGACCCUGCCCUGGCAGGCGGGUCCCGCUUCGAGGUCGCGCUGCUGCCCGAGCCGUGCCGGACGCCGGGCUCGCUGGGGGCGGUGUCCUCCGCGCUGGCCCGCGUCUCCGGCCUUGUGGGUCCAGUGAACCCUGCAGCCUGCCGGCCAGCCGAGCUACUGGCCCAGGAGGCCGGGGUCGCGCUGGUGCCCUGGGGCUGCCCCGGGACACAGGCGGCGGGCACCACAGCCCCCGCCACGACGCCCGCGGCGGAUGCCCUCUACACGCUCCUUCGAGCAUUCCGCUGGGCGCGCCUGGCCCUGAUCACCGCCCCCCAGGACCUGUGGGUGGAGGCAGGACGCUCGUUGUCCACGGCACUCAGGGCCCGGGGCCUGCCUGUCGCCCUGGUGACCUCCAUGGAACCCCCGGACCUGUCUGGAGCCCGGGAGGCCCUGAGGAGGGUCCAGGAUGGGCCCAGGGUCAGAGCCGUGAUCAUGGUGAUGCACUCGGUGCUGCUGGGCGGCCAGGAGCAGCGCUGCCUUCUGGAGGCCGCAGAGGAGCUGGGCAUGGCCGAUGGCUCCCUGGUCUUCCUGCCCUUCGACACGCUCCACUACGCCUUGUCCCCAGGCCCAGAGGCCUUGGCCGCACUCGCCAACAACUCCCAGCUUCGCAGGGCCCACGAUGCGGUGCUCACCCUCACGCGCCGCUGUCCCGCGGCAGGCAGCGUUCUGGACAGCCUGCGCAGGGCCCAGCAGCGCCAAGAGCUGCCCCCAGACCUCAAUCUGCAGCAGGUCUCCCCACUUUUUGGUACCAUCUACGAUGCAGUCUUCUUGUUGAUGAGGGGCAUGGCGGGAGCACAGGCAGCCGCAGGUGGCGGCUGGGUGUCUGGAGCAGCCGUGGCCAGCCAAGUCCGGGAUGCCCAGGUCCCUGGCUUCUGCGGGGCCCUAGGUGGAGCUGAGGAGCCGUCAUUUGUGCUGCUGGACACGGACGCGGUGGGGGACCAGCUGUUUGCCACAUACAUGUUGGACCCCGUCCAGGGCGCUCUUCGCUCCGCUGGGACCCCCGUGCACUUCCCUCGUGGGGGACCAGGGCCUGGACCUGACCCCUUGUGCUGGUUCGAUCCAGACGUCAUCUGCAAUGGAGGAGUGGAGCCGGGCCUCAUCUUUCUUGGCUUCCUCCUAGUGGUUGGGAUGGGGCUGUCCGGGGCCUUCCUGGCCCAUUACGUGAGGCACCGGCUACUUCACAUUCAAAUGGUCUCAGGCCCCAACAAGAUCAUCCUGACUACAGAUGACAUCACCUUCCUCCACCCACAGGGGGGCAACUCUCGAAAGGUGGUCCAGGGGAGCCGAUCGAGUCUGGCUGCCCGCAGUGUGUCAGACAUUCGCAGUGUCCCCAGCCAGCCCUCAGACAGCUCCAACAUUGGCCUCUAUGAGGGAGACAGGGUUUGGCUGAAGAAAUUCCCAGGGUAUCAGCACCUAACUAUCCGCCCAGCAACCAAGAUGGCCUUCUCCAAGCUUCAGGAGCUCCGGCACGAGAACGUGGCCCUCUACGUGGGGCUGUUCCUGGCGGGGGGAGCAGACGGCCCUGUGUCCCCUGGAGAAAGCUUCCUGGCAGUGGUCUCGGAGCACUGUGCGCGGGGCUCCCUCCACGACCUCCUUGCCCAGAGAGAGAUAAAGCUGGACUGGAUGUUCAAGUCCUCUCUCCUGCUGGACCUCAUCAAGGGAAUGAGGUAUCUGCACCACCGAGGGGUACCUCACGGGCGGCUUAAGUCACGGAACUGCAUAGUGGACGGAAGGUUCGUGCUCAAGGUCACAGAUCACGGCCACUCGCGACUGCUGGAAGCGCAGAGGGUGUUACCAGAGCCUCCCAGCGCCGAGGACCAGCUGUGGACAGCCCCGGAGCUGCUGAGGGACCCGGCCCUGGAGCGCCGGGGAACGCUGGCCGGCGACGUCUUCAGUUUGGGCAUCAUCAUGCAGGAGGUCGUGUGCCGCAGUACCCCCUACGCCAUGCUGGAACUGACUCCCGAGGAAGUGGUGCAGAGGGUGCAGAGCCCCCCUCCACUGUGUCGGCCCUUGGUGUCCAUGGACCAGGCGCCCAUGGAGUGCAUCCAGCUGAUGAAACAGUGCUGGGCAGAGCAGCCAGAACUUCGGCCCACCAUGGACCGCACCUUUGACCUGUUCAAGAGCAUCAACAAGGGCCGGAAGACGAACAUCAUCGACUCCAUGCUGCGGAUGCUGGAGCAGUACUCCAGUAACCUGGAGGACCUGAUCCGGGAGCGCACGGAGGAGCUGGAGCAGGAAAAGCAGAAGACAGACCGGCUGCUCACACAGAUGCUGCCUCCGUCUGUGGCUGAGGCCCUCAAGACAGGGACACCCGUGGAGCCCGAAUACUUUGAGGAGGUGACGCUGUACUUCAGUGACAUCGUGGGCUUCACCACCAUCUCAGCCAUGAGUGAGCCCAUCGAGGUGGUGGACCUGCUCAACGACCUCUACACCCUCUUUGAUGCUAUCAUUGGCUCCCACGAUGUCUACAAGGUAGAGACAAUUGGGGACGCCUAUAUGGUGGCCUCAGGACUGCCUCAGAGGAAUGGGCAGCGGCACGCGGCAGAGAUCGCCAACAUGUCGCUGGACAUUCUCAGUGCCGUGGGCUCUUUCCGCAUGCGCCACAUGCCGGAGGUGCCCGUGCGCAUCCGCAUCGGCCUGCACUCGGGCCCCUGCGUGGCGGGCGUGGUGGGCCUCACCAUGCCGCGGUACUGCCUGUUUGGAGACACGGUCAACACCGCCUCGCGCAUGGAGUCCACCGGGCUGCCUUACCGCAUCCACGUGAACUUGAGCACCGUGAAGAUUCUCGGCGCUCUGAACCAGGGCUACCAGAUGGAGCUUCGGGGCCGCACGGAGCUGAAGGGCAAGGGCGCCGAGGACACGUACUGGCUGGUGGGCAGACGCGGCUUCGACAAGCCCAUCCCCAAACCGCCCGACCUGCAGCCGGGGAGCAGCAACCACGGCAUCAGCCUGCGGGAGAUCCCACCCGAGCGGCGCCGGAAGCUGGAGAAGGCGAGGCCAGGCCAGUUCUCGGAGAAGUGAGGCCCAGCGCCCACCACCGCCGCCCCUGACAGAUUUUCUCUGUACUUAGGUCCCAGAGGUUGAAGGGCAGAUUCUGCAGGGAUUGCUGGCCUUGGACGUGACAGUGUGGAUGUAGCUCUCACUCUCCUACCUCUUCCCGCCCUACCCCACCCCUCCUCCCUUCCCCUUCCUUGCCUGUGGGGGCCUGCAGUGUGCUUCUCGGAGCCUCAGGGAGGAGUCCGGAAGCAGGUGCAGAGGGAUUAGCUCAGGCAGGCUUGGGCAGGGCACCCCCCAGAAGAGGAGGAUGAGCAGGGCCCAAACCCAGCCCCGGGUAGAGGUGAAGUGGGCGGGGCUGAGCAGAUCCCUUCCACCUUUCACUCGGCCUCAUUCCCAGGCUGCCUGCCUCAAUCUCAAAUGACCGGAUGUGAUGAGGGAAGAGCCUGAUGAAGGACAGCCCUGCCCUCCUCCCCAGCUAGGAGAACUCAGGGACCCCCCACCCCAGAGCACACAGAGCCAGUGAGAGAAGGGGCAAGAUUAAGUCAGUCUCCUCUCUGCCCCACAGCCUCCUUCUUUCUCUGUCCCUGUCUGCCUCUCUGCUGUAACCUCCUCUCUCCCUGUCCCCAGUGUCCUCUUUCUGCCCAGCAGUUUCUCUGCAGUUUCCUCCGUUUCUGUGGAGUCUUUUUUCCUGGGCCCAGUCGGUUAUCCAGUCUUAGAGCCCUGCCUCAAGUCCUCCCCACCUCCCUGCCCUGUUGUUCCUGGGUCCCAGGCAGGUCCCAGGAGAGCACCUGGCUUGGUCAUUAGGCACUCCCCACCUUCAGAUGUGUUUACACUACCUCUGCCAGCUGGCCUGUGCCAGGAGAACCCCUGCCUUGGGGCUGUCCUUGCCUCUGGGAUGGCUCUGUAGCUGGGACCAGCGAUGGCCACAGCAGGGACCUCCCACAGCUGCCGCUUGGAUCCCACAGCAGGGACCCCACAGCAUGUCCCGGGUCCCACCUGGCACCUUUUCUUUGUGUGCUCCUCGUCCCCAUCUGCAGUGGACCCCGGGCACCCCUCUUUGGGGAGGCAGGGUGAGCUGUUUUUUGGCAGGGGUUUGGGACACUGCAUUGUUGGCCUGUGUUCAGCGGGCUCUUCUGGACCUUGC